AUGUCAGAGGCAUGUCAAAAUUUGUAUCGUAUUCAAUUGACACCCACAGUGGGCUCUUGGAGUAAUCUAACCACGGCUGAUUGUCCGUCAUUGAGUCAGCAUGCAUGUCUAAGUAUGAAUGAACGGUAUCUGGUGUUUAUUGGUGGCUGGACUGGACGUACUCGGACGCCGGGCGUUCAUACGUAUGACACCGUGUCUCAGAAGUGGUUACCAGCGGCGUUGAACGAACCGUUAUUAAAAGGAUUUCCUUCUGGUGCGGGCCUGUCGGCUCAUUCGGCCAUAAAAAUGCACGCAAAUCAGGUUGGGCUUGGAACAUUCGCUUCACUGAUUAUUGGUCGAGAAGGUUCAUUGCGUACGCAGCGCAAGGCCGGAAACAUCUAUUUGCUGUACGGUGAUAUACGCGAGCGUGGGCCUGGUGAUCCAAAAGCCUACUACACGUACCGUGAGGCGAAUUCCCAGCUAACUACCUCAUCCCGAAGUUAUCAUACCUCGACUCCGGAAUCCGAAAACGCAUUGAUCACAGUGGGCGGAAGGAAAGAUCACCUCAUUGAAGUGCUAAGUUGGAAAUCCAGUUCAAAAAAUUCUCGCAGUCCAGAAUGGCCGGGUACUCUGGUUUAUCCACCAGACACAUGCACUUUGGUUACCGAUUUGGUCAAACAAGUACGUCAGAAACAUUUGAAGGUCUCAGAGGCCGUGAUCAAGAACCAGUGUCUGGGGAAAAUGAAACAAGCGCGUGCUUUUGCAGUAUUGGCCCUAAAUCCAAGUGAUCGCAGUGCCUGGCUUCAAGGAGGUGUCGGACCCGGUGGUCGUGUGCAAAACACACUUCUACGGCUUGCCCAGGCCAAUGAUUGA